ACUGCGCGUCACUGAGCUCUAGCUAAAAGCUAAAAUUUCAACGUUGCUUCACUGCUGUUCGUCGCGGGUAGCCUUGUGACAACUUUGUCGGAGUUGCGAGCUGCUCGCCCUCCAAGGGCUGCGACGAGCUAACGCUCUGAUGAGAGGAUUGUUGCGGUUUGCCGUGGACUCUGCUUCGGAUCAUCAUCCUAGAAGCGGUUGGAGUCUUGUUUGGAUCAACCAAUGGAUUCAAGCAGUGUCCAUGAAGUGAUCAAGUAUCUUCCCUCACCACUACCAGUCAAACAUUACGAUGCCGAAACCACUGAACCAAUCAGUUGUGGUCUUCAAACUUUGGAGGAGCUGUUGUUGUGGAAACGAAGUGAGGCAAACCCCUUCAAUGUGGCAGUAGUCCCCCUGGCACCUCGGGAGCCUCCCCUGACUAGUUGUCUACGUCGGACAUUGGUGUCUCAUGACAUGAUGGGUGGCUACCUAGAUGACAGGUUUGUCCAGGGCACCAAUGCAGAUGCUCCAUAUGCCUUCUACCACUGGCAGUACAUUGAUAUUUUCAACUACUUCACACACAACCUGGUGACCAUUCCUCCUGCUGUGUGGACCAAUGCUGCACAUAAACAUGGAGUCAUUGUUCUUGGGACUUUGAUCACUGAGUGGACUGAUGGAGCCGCAGUGUGCGAGGCCUUCCUAAAAGAUGAGGAGUCAUACCGGGCAGUGGCUGAUAAACUAGUCCAGAUCAGCCACUGCUACGGCUUCGAUGGCUGGCUCAUUAACAUAGAGAACUCCCUCAGUACGGAUGCAGUGAAGAACACACCUUUGUUCCUGCGCUAUCUGGCAGACCAGAUGCACGAGCGACUGUCUGGCAGCCUGGUCCUGUGGUACGACAGUGUGAUCGAGAACGGACGGCUAACAUGGCAAAAUGAACUCAACCAGUCCAACAGGAUGUUUUUCGAUGCUUGUGAUGGUUUCUUCACCAACUACAACUGGACAGAGCAGAACCUGGAGUGGAUGAAGGACUACAGUGGGGUCCAAGGCCGCCAGUCUGACGUCUAUAUUGGAGUGGAUGUGUUUGCCCGAGGCAACGUGGUGGGAGGAAAGUUGGAAACCAAUAAGGCACUGGAAAUCAUUCGGAAGCACAACUUCUCUGUAGCCAUCUUUGCUCCAGGGUGGGUGUACGAGACUCACAAUGAUAGGACCGAAUUUCGCAAGAAUCAGGACAAGUUCUGGGCUCUUCUGUCGGACUACCUGUACAUUCAUCGGCCAACCUCACCUCUCCCUUUCAUCUCCUCCUUCUGCCAGGGCUUUGGGAAGGCUAUCUACUGGAGAGGACAGCGUGAGGUAGACAGGAGCUGGUUUAACCUGACUGCCCAGGAGAUCCAGCCCUUGUACUACUAUAAGGAGCUAGAGGGCCGGGGCUGGCUGAGCAGCCGUGGCUGCCCCGAGGAUGCCUGGAAUGGAGGCUCUUCACUGCUGCUGGACGGACUCAUCCCUGCCACUCACACAUCUCCAGUUUGUGCCAAGAUCUUCUCCCUCCAUGUACCCCUGGCAUCCAAGACUCUGGUGACCCUCAUCUACAAGCCAUCUACUGGGAUCAGAGUUUCCUUGGAGCUGAAGACAACAGACGCCAGUCUUUGCACACACAUGGACAUCCAGGAUGUCAAUGUUACCGUUGUGUCUCCCAUGGUGCCGGAUGAGGGGCUCCAGUUGGUGAGCCAGUUCUCUCAGCUGUGUGGCAACUUGAGUCCAGAUGGUUGGACUGUUGGGUGUUCACAGUUGGAGCUUAGUGGCUGUGCUCUUCGAGAAGUUUGUUUCAACAUCCAGCGGGAUGGUGGGCCUCAGGACACACCUUUCAGCUGCAGGGUGGGAGAAAUCAUGCUCUUGGAUGGAGCCAGUCUGCAUGUUCCCCCUGGGGUGGUUCAGGGCUUGUGCAUUUAUGACGUGGUGUGGCUGCGUGGUGCUGGUUCCUUACCAGAGUCUACCUCUCCUUGCCUGCGUCUCAACGCCACUCUGCGCUGGGACUACCCAACCAAGCUCGUGCGCCACUUCAAGGUGUACUGGCGACGGCUUAGAGGACCAGAUCCCCGAGUCUCCUCUGGUCAGCUGGUUCUGGUGGGCCGGGCAUAUUCUAAUCUUUUCAGAGUAACAGAGCUAGCAGUGCCGGAGCCACCCAGCCUGCUGGAGCUGGUAGUGGAGCCAGUGAUCAGAAAGGGCAUCCCUGUUCCGGAGAGCCACUGGGGAAGAAGAAGCCUUAGCUACACAGAGGACUCAACAAAAUGACUAUACAUAACUGUUAUCAUAACAAUUUCUUUUUGGCUCCAAUGUUGUAACAAGAAUGUUUUAGGGGCCCAAAUCCCAACUCAGUGUCCACAUACUUGCUUUUUUCACAAGCUUUUAACCAUUCCAAGCUGUUUUCAUCAAGGCUAUUGCUAAAAUCAUAAAAGCUAUUGAGCUUGGCUUUCCACCUCCAUGAGAACUGGACAAACUCUGUCCAUGGCUGAAGAACCUGUGAUAAGAUUAAAAGCUUCAAAAAAUACAAAAUAACAAACCAGCAAGUGGAUCUUAUAGGAGCAGUCAGUGGUGGGUUAGGGUUAAAUACCCUUAUUCACUUUAUUAUCAAGAGUCAGAUGUUCAGACUAAUAUCACUUUAACAUCUGUACAAUAAAUAUGAAGCUCCAGCCAGCAUGGGAAUAUGGAUAGAGGUCUGAUUUCUCAAAAUAAAGUCAAAAACUGUUGUUUUUAGAAGGAAUUAAUAUCUAUAGUGACAUUCUGCCUUUACAUGCCUCUUCUCAAACCUCUGUAUAUUUGCUCUGCUUCACUUGAUGAGCAUCUGUCUAUGCACAGGUUAAGUUCAGAUUUUGUGAUGUGGUAUGCUGGUAGCUUUUGACUGCAACUGCAAAACUCGAAAGGGAUAUUUAUGGUGACUGAGACAGUUUGAACAAACUGCAUAUUCAAACACUUUGCAAACACGAACAAGACAAGUGCAUUAACAGAAACCACAGAUGCAAAAGCUAAAACAUAAUUGCAAAAGCCAUAACAGAAGUGAGUGACAACAGAUGUUGACAAUGUCACAGGUCAACUAUAGUGACAGGACCCAGGACUAUUAUUGCCUACACAUGUGUAAGUGGAGAGUUCUUGCCUGUUUGAGAAGUAAAUGAAGCAUUGUUUGCUGGCCUCUUUAAACCCACUGGAGUGCUGUCGAUCCACUUGAACUAGUUCUAAGUAGCUUAUCAUCGUACAUGCAAAUAUAUACGUUGAAAUUCGGUCAAUAUGGACAUAGUUAGCUCAGAUUCUCCACAAUUUAAUUGCUCAGUUCAUUUGAAGGAAACAUGAGCACCAAAGUAUUUUUUAUUCAUACUGGCAUGGGAAAGAAAAGAGACGAAAGAAGAAGACUCCCUGCCUUUGAAGUGAUCCCUAAGUCCAAAUAUGUUUCCAUUUCUCGAUUUUAUAUAUUCAUUCAUUCAUUCAUUUUCCAUAACCGCUUAUCCUGUUAAGGGCCGCGGGGGGGCUGGAGCCUAUCCCAGCUGACAUUGGGCGAGAGGCAGGGUACACCCUUGACACUUCGCCAGACCAUCACAGGGCUGACACAUACAGACAUUCACACCUCCGGCCAAUUUAGAGUCACCGAUUAACCUGCAUGUCUUUGGAAUGUGGGAGAAAGACGGAGUACCCGUAGAAAACCCACACUGACAUGUGGAAAACAUGCAAACUCCCCCAACCUGGGUUCAAACCAGGAACCCAGUCUUCAACACUUUUCAGGCUAAGGACCCCUUAGCUGAAAGAAAGAUGGAGCCCCCUGCUACAUAAAUUGUAUAAAAUCAGGUUGCACAUCAAAGUGGGCCUACAAUAAUGUGUAAGGUGGCAUAAAGUGCCAUGCAUAAACAUACCAUUUUAUGACCUACUAAAAUAAGAAUUAUUGGUGAAUUCAUAUAUUUUUUACAUCAUGUCUGUUUCUAAGGUGGACAGUGUUUCAGAGUCUCUUGCUGGCUUCACAAGAAUGUCCAUAAACUACUAAUGAUACAGGUAACUGGCCAAUAUGUUUCAGUAGUACAUAACUGUUAGCUUACUCAGUCACCUCACCAUUAUGGAUAGGUGCCACACAGUGAUUUAGCUGGCUAAAAUUAUAACACAAGGACAUGGGUAAUAGCCUAUUAUCACUGUUGUGUACUGUAACCUAACACCCCCCACCCCCAAAUUCAAACGUAGUUCAUCAAACUAAGACCACAGGUACUCUGACAUAAAUCAUAUUUUUUUGUCUUUCUACUCAGUGUUACCUUACAGGGAUAGCCCCUGAGUGCAGCUUGUUCUCCCGGUUUGAAAGGCCAGUGGGCUCUGUCAUGUAUCUGUCAGUCAAGGUAAAAGGAGCUUUUGUUGGCUAUUUAAAACAUCAGUCACUCACAAUUGUAGCCAGUGAGAUUUCUUUUCAAACAGUGUAUUGCAUGGGCAGUUGGGUUGCAUGGGAGCCCAUAUAAAUCAAUGUGUCACAGUUAAAAGCCCCUGCUUGUGAAAGGGACUUGUUUAAAAAGUGUUUUGAAUGAUAGUGUAAGAUUUUGUAGUCAUCACAAGGCAUCAGUAUAUUUGCAGCAUGUUUUCAGUGUUACAGAAGUGAGUAAAAAGAGAAUGGCAUUUGAAAAUAUUUUGGAGACAUGCAGGGCAGUGCUGGCCUGUGGAACAGGCGGUAUAGGCGAAUGCUAAGGGUGCCAUUGUCGGCGCCACAAAUGGGGGAAGAGAAAAAAAUCAAAAUGUUAAUCGUUUACUGUUUUUACUAAUGGUCUAACUACUAUUAUUUUAUAUUAUUACAUAAGGCCAUUACAACAUAACUACAUAGCAAAGCCUACUAAAUAAUAGAGAGGCCUUUUUUUCUGGGUUCCUGCCACCACCCAGCCCCCCUCACCAGCUCAUCACACUUUACCUGCUCUCUGGGGGAAAUGGGUUAAAAUGAGUUAUCUGACGUCACGUGAACCCCGAAACACACUGUAUCGUUAUCAUGUCAAAAUGUCAAGCGCUCUCUGGUACCCAUUCAACUACCACUAUACGUCUGAGAGGAGUGGAUGUGGAGAGAAAGAACAUGAAAGAAAAACAGAAAAAAACAACAAUAAAUCUGUGUUGAAAUCAGCAGGAGGGGUGCUAGUUACCAUUACCUCCAUGCAGCUAGUUGCAUUGAUUUACAUUAACAGCAUUCAAGCUCUAUUCAGUAAAAAGUCACCAUGGGCAAAGGUAAAGUGUAACAUUCUUGUGAUGUGUUCAAUGUAAUCUUGUAAAAUGUAGCUUUUAGUGAGAAACUUGAAUAAAUACAGCUGUUUGAAGGAGACAUUUGUUGAUGUUUUCACACCAAAAUGGAUAUUAGAGAGGAAAUUAUAAUGUAUCAUGUAUAGAAAAAGGCUUUUUGCUUAUUUUUUAAAAGUUAUUUUCAUGUGAAAGACGGUUAUAUUAAAGGUUGUUUAAAAAAUG